AGCGCUAUAAAAGCCCCUCUUUUCCAGGCUGAGGUUAGUUCAAGCAUACACCAACCAGCUAUCCUGUAAACAGGCUGGGUAGCCUGCGGGAGAGAUUAGAGGGAGAAAGGAGAGUUUUCUUCCUGUUGGAACCUUUCCCCCCUCCCCGCAGAACCUGCAGUUUAUUUAUUUUUUAAAACAACCCUAUUUCACCCUCUCCAGAGCAGGGAAGAAAUUUCUUGCUCCGAAGCCCCAAUACAAUGAAUUCUGACUCCAGCUCUGUCUCCAGCAGAGCUUCCUCGCCAGACAUGGAUGAGAUGUACCUGAGAGAUCACCAUCACCACCAUCACCACCACCACCAUCAGGACAACCGGCUCAACUCGGUCUCCUCCACUCAGGGCGACCUGGUGCAGAAGAUGUCCGGGGAAGGCCUCUCCAGAAACGGCUCCAAGGCCGGAGGGGAAGGCAGCAAGUACAAAAUCAAGAAGCAACUCUCGGAGCAGGACCUGCAGCAGCUCAGGCUGAAGAUCAAUGGGCGGGAACGCAAAAGGAUGCACGACCUGAACCUGGCUAUGGAUGGGCUGAGGGAGGUGAUGCCCUACGCUCAUGGACCUUCCGUGAGGAAACUCUCCAAAAUUGCUACCCUCCUGCUGGCCAGAAACUACAUCCUGAUGCUCACCAGCUCCCUAGAGGAGAUGAAGAGGCUGGUGGGUGAAAUCUAUGGAGGACACCACUCCGCCUUUCACUGCGGGACAGUGGGGCACUCAGGCGGGCACCCGGCCCACGCAGCUAGCACGGUCCACCAGGUCCACCCCAUCCUUGGCAGUGCCUUGUCUUCAGCCAACACCUCCUCCCCGCUGUCCGCCUCCCUACCAGGGAUUGGCACGAUCAGGCCCCCUCACUCUUUACUCAAGACUCCCUCUGCCCCGCCAGCCCUCCAGCUUGGCAGUGGCUUCCAGCACUGGGCGGGUUUGCCUUGCCCUUGCACUAUCUGUCAAAUGCCCCCUCCGCCACACCUGUCUGCCCUCACCACAGCCAACAUGAGCAGGAUCUCAGCAGAAUCCAAGGACUUACUGAAGUGACACUGAAAACUCCGGCGCCCUUUUAGCUAUACCAGAGAUCACACUUUCAAACGAGUUCUGUUCGGUGAUGCUGCAGGAAGACGCCACACAAGAAGUCCUGCGUUCGCAUGCAUGCUUCUCUUCCUUUGCUGAGCGCCCGUGUGUUUCCUCCCACCGACAGCCGAGCUUGUCCAAACUGCAUUCGUUGUAACAAGGGAUUAGUGUAGUAAGGACCUUACAAAGGUAAUGUUUUAGUUGGAUUCUCGGGCCAUGUUUUCUUCUUAUACUAAAACAAAAAUCCCUGUUGUAAAAACAAAACAAAAAAUGUAAAUAUUUCCUUAAAGUGGAUGCAAAAAAAAAAAAAGAAAAAGAAAGAAAAAAAGAAAAAAAAGACAUGGUGGUCAUUGUACGGUUCGCAGGUGCAAAGAGACGAUGAGUUGUUUGGGGUUUGUUUGUUUUUGGUUUGUUUGUUUGUUGUUUGUUUGUUUUUAAAGGCAACACCUACACUUCUGGGAAGCUUCUCUGCUCCACUCCAGGAUAUGACAGCUAGGAAUGACGAUGACU